GGAGAGGAGGGGGACGCAACUGGUAUUUCUUUCUCCGGGUGUUUUUUUUUUUUUUUUUUUUCCUUCCCCCGACCUCCCCCUUUAUUUUUUGUCCGCCUGCCAAAGCGCUCAGCGUUCAUCAGGAGACGACGUUUAGUCGAUAUGUUCGGGAUGGAUGGACCCAGCGAGCAGGUUUCGCCGUGAGACUGGCGCUAAUUUGGAGCAGCAGCAGGUGUACUGAAGGAUAAAGCGGACUCGAGGCAAUCUCAGUGUUCAUGAAACUUUGCUACGAUUUACGUGCUGGGGUUGCCGUCCGCCAUGUUAAGGUAAAGCCCAGGUGCGCGGUGUUGACCAUGCUAAAGCGCCUGGACAAGAUCCGCUUCCGGGGCCCCAGGACGAGAGACGACUUCCCGGAUCUGGCCGAGUCGCCACCUGCCUCCGACAACGAAUGUAGCGACGACAUGCAGCUGAAGCCCAGAUCGGCUCUGCGGGACACAGAUGACGUCCUGCGAGACCCUGCUGGCUCGGGGUCUCCCACAAUGGCUGCAGCCAUUCAGGACUUCCAGAGGUCGGAGUCAGACCGACUCAACGAAGUUAAAGGUCACUUGGAAAUUGCCUUAUUGGAGAAACAUUUCCUACAGGAGGAGCUGAGGAAGUUGCGGGAAGAGACCAAUGUGGACUCCCUGCGGCAGGAGCUGGAGAGAGAGCGCAGCAAGAGGAUAGACCUGGAGCAGAAGAUGAAUGAGGUGCUCAAAACCAGACUCGAGGACUCUCCACCGCAACCUCCCCGAAAACAGCAGUCGCCCUCGAACAAUGGAACAGCGGAUAAACAGCAGAAGGAGGUGUGGAGUUCACGGCUGCAGAAGUGGCUGUACGAGCGCUUCGGGGUUUACAUCGAAGACUUCCGCUUCCAGCCGGAGGAAAGCACCGUGGAGGCCGAGGAACCGUUAAGUGCUAAAAGGUUGACAGAAAACAUGAGGCGACUCAAGCGAGGAGCCAGACCUGUCACCAACUUCUUAAGGAACCUCUCCGCCUUAUCUAAUUGGCACUCCGUCUACACCUCAGCUAUUGCCUUCAUUAUUUACAUGAAUGCUGCUUGGCAUGGCUGGGCCAUUCCCAUGCUCCUCUUCCUGGCAAUCCUGCGCUUGUCCUUAAAUUACCUCAUCGCCAGAGGUUGGAGGAUCCAGUGGAGCAUCGUGCCUGAGGUCUCUGAACCCAUGGAGCCUCCAAAGGAAGACUUGACCGUAUCUGAGAAGUUCCAGCUUGUACUUGAUGUCGCACAAAAAGCACAGAACCUUUUUGGUAAGAUGGCGGAUGUUUUGGAGAAGAUAAAGAACCUGUUCAUGUGGGUGCAGCCGGAAAGCACCCGGAAACUUUACAUCUGCCUGUGGGUGGCUUUCAUCACCUCCUGCGUGCUGCCGUACAAGCUCAUGGGCUUCAUGAUCGGCCUGUACGCCGGCAUCAAGUUCUUCAUCAUAGACUUCCUGUUUAAGAGCUGUCCAAAGCUUCGGGACAAGUACGACACGCCCUACAUCGUGUGGAACAGCCUCCCCACCGACCCACAGCUCAAAGAGAGGACCAACGCCAACGUGUCGCGGCGGGUUCAGCCAGUGGUUUCUCGAAGCAGCCUCGCCACCGUCCCGUGCGGGGUGAGCAGAGAGGAGGAAACAGGUCGUUCUCACAGCACCAAGAAGGGAGCCUUUCACGAGAUCUUCAACCUGCUGGAGUCAGAGCGCCCUCUGGCGGUGUGUGAAAACGGCUGGAGGUGCUGCCUGAUAAACAGAGACAGGAAGAUGCCCACGGACUACAUCAGGAACGGAGUGCUGUACGUCACAGAGAACUACUUGUGCUUCGAGAGCUCCAGCUCCAGAUCCAGCUCCUCCAAGAAGAAUAAAGUAAUCAAGCUGGUCGACAUCACCGACAUACAAAAGUACAAAGUGUUGUCAGUCCUACCAGGAAGCGGGAUGGGCAUCUCCAUAGCGACUCCUUCCACUCAGAAGCCAUUGGUCUUCGGUGCCAUGAUCCACAGAGACGAGGCCUUCGAGGCCAUCUUCACCCAGUACAUGAAGAUCAUGACCACCACCAAACCGCCGGCCAGCGCCGAGCUCUAGACGGCCUCCGUCCCCCGGCAGCACGCCUCCACACUGGGCCCGAAAUCCGAGGCAGAGAUCCUGCCGAGAUUCAACCGGACUGGAAGCCACUUUAACUCCACUCUCUCCUGCUGCGCGUGAGCCUCCUCCUCACCUUCUGACGGCCCUCGAGCGGCCCGGCUCCGAUUGGCGGAGGAGAUUCGUGGGCGUACUUAGUCACGCUCCAUCGCGGGCGUCGGACGACAUUUUCUAAGCCGAGGAAGUUGAGGAUCAGUGUGGUUUUUAUCAACCGGCAGAAGGCUGGCGAGGAGGCUGGUCCUCCUCCCACCUCACUGACCAACUGACAGCCGACUGCUUUCCUGACUGACUUGUUUCCGUGUUUGCAUGUGUGAGUGUGUGUGCGUGUUAAACUGCGUCAAGUGGCUCUUUUCUGUUUUGUUUAGUUUUUUUCCUCUUUAUUCCUCAGUCUGUGGCGUGACGUCUGCUGUGGUUGGAAGAUUUUUAAGAAGCGCUCGACCUGGAUGUUAUAGAAUAUCAUUAAAAAAAAGAAAACUAGCAGGUUAAACAACAUUUAACUGCCAUUUGUAGGAACAAACAGUUUCAGCUUUACGAUUCGCGGCAACCAUCGAAAUAUUUAAAGCGGCUGACACAACUUGUAGGAGUGCGCGAGUGGUCAGCGAGUGUUUUCUUUUUUUUAAUACGUAUUAGCUGUGAAAACGUCAGAGUUGACUGACACAGAGCCUUUCUGUUAGUUUACAUUGCUGCUGUCUAUUUUGUUUUUUUUUGUUCCUCCUCUUCUUUCGAGAUCAGCAGCGACGGUCUAACAAACUGAAAAACGUUCGCUGCUUCUGUGUUCGUGAAUCGUGCGGUGAACUAAAACAAAAAAAGCCUUCGAAUUUUAUUUUUUUGUCUUCGUAACAAUCAGCCUUUUGGUUUUUUUUUUCGGAAUAGAGGUGAAGACGAGAGCACAACGCUGAGAGAACAGAACUUUCCCAAGGCACAAUCUGUACAUACGUCGAGAGAUUUUUUUUUUAAAUUUUAUUUUCUCCAUCGCUGGUUUUUCUCCCCGCACUUUAGUAGAAGUGUAGUUGUUGACAUUUUCGAGGUAGUGAAUAGACUUCAGCUGGUUAGCGCUGGCAGCAGUCUCUCCCACUUAGCGGCGUUUCUCUCCUGUCUGACUACUCGAGACUUUUUCGGCCCGAGUGCAGCACAAACACAGUCCGAGCACGCCGAGUUAAAACCAGACAACCUUCACGCUGACCAAGGGGAAAAUGCUGUAAUAUGAAAAUGAACCCACCAUCACGGCCCACAGAGGCUCUUCAGACGUUUGAGACUAUGAGCAUAAAUAUAAAAAGCUGCUCAUCCAAGGCCGGAGCGGGAAAAACAACGACUGGGUGAUGGCGCUCAGCAGCUCAGGUUGUUUGAGGUUACAGAAGCAGUAAUUCAGGAUUUAUUAGCUGCAUAAUUAUUUCCUAACGCCGCAGCGAGUGCUCUUCCACAUCAUCUAAAUGUAGGCGCUUUUUUUAAAAAACAAAAGAAAACAACAAAAAAACACAAGUAGUCUAUGGAGUAAACGGACAAAGGUCUAGAAUAUUUCAGCGUCACUUUAUUUUAAGACGCCGCUCGCGAGAACAAAGCCGGUCUUUGCUGUCGCCGAGCGGCUCGAUGCGUAGAGAAUUAUAAUGCCAAACUACAUCAGACACUUUACCGUGUUCUUUUUGCGAGAUGAGCGGAACCGGAGGUCGCGAUUUCUCUUCUGGUUUUUAGUACGAGAGACGAUAGAGUAGCUCCUAUGUACCGAACGCCCAGCAGCACAAGCUUUAGUUUCCUUGUAAAUCUUACAAAAAACAAACAAAAAACAACACUGUUAAAAGGGAAACCUUGACAUUUGAUUCCGGUCGGUUUCACUGACCGACCACCUCCAGAAGGAUGAUUUCUGUUAACUGCCCUCACACUGAAAAUGUCAAGGCUUCUCUAUACAAGUCCUCUUGUCAUCGUUGUGAAUUAGAACCAGCUGGAUAUGAAGUUGCCGCCGAUGCAGCGGACCGGCUCACACGUUACCAUCGUUUCUGAUUUGAACUAAUUAAGGAUGGACGUUUUUCUUUCUCAUCCGUUCGUAUGAUUUGUUGUCAAUAGGCUGCCUUCCCACACAUGGAUUUUCUAUUUUUGUUGAGGAAUAAAUUCGAUCCAUGAACGGAGGGGGGGAAAACCUGUGGGACGCUUCGAGCAGGUGAAACCAGUCAUGAACGCUGUCUCACUGUGUGAUUGGAUGGCUCGUCGUAGUCUUAAAGCUUUUACCUGAAGCCUUUUUCUUUUUGUAAUCUGUUGACUCUGAGGACGGGCUCCAGCGAGGCCGUCGCUCAGACGAAGCACAGAAUGUAUCACGUUCUAAACGUCUAGGAUUCUUCUGUUUUGUUUUUUUCUUUUUGCCAAAUCUUUGAUUUUCUGUCUGCCAUAUUCUGCCUACGCUCAUGUUUACAGAAGGUUGUACAAAAUAGUUUGUUCUGUUUUUUUUUUUUGUAAACCAGUUUGAAUUCCUUUGAGUCUGGAGUUAUGAAGACUGGACUGCUGUUCUUGAAUUCAUGUCUCGGCCCUCGUUGGCUCGACGCCGCUCACGUAACCGCCUCUGCUCGCCAAUAGGAAAAAAACCACAGUGACAACAAGAGCAGUAUUUUAAACAGUGUGUAAAUUGUCAUAUCUGAUAUGUGGGUCGUAGUUUAGUGGAAGUAAACACCAGAUUGGAGCAGAGGCGGUCACGGUGGACUGAGAAGACAACAUCAGUGUUUAUGAUAGCGUGGUGGGAUGCAACUUUUUGAAAAGCUGCAGAAAAAGAGCAAAAGUUGGAUUACUAGCAUUUUAAAAUGAUGUGAUAUUACUUCUUGCUUUCUUACUGAGAGUUAGAUGAGAAGGUUGAUGCCACUCUGUUCAGUUUACAGUGACAAGGACUGCAUGAUAUGGAAAAUCUGACAUCACAAUGUUUUUUUUUUUCCUGCGGUAUACGUUGUGAUAUUAAAAAAUCCAAUAAUUUUGCACUAGAUAAUUAAUAUUUGGAAAGAAUUAAUCAUGCUAGAAUGACGGGGUGACUGUCGAGAAAUCCAUCUGCAUUGAAAAUAAAAAUUUCAAUUAAAAAAAUCAGCCAUUAGCAUCUUUUUCAUGUGGUGUAAAACUAGCAAGAUAGUUUGUUUUCUUUCGAGCUUGUGCUAAUUUUAAGUUUUCGAUCAUCCUUUGCUUGACUUAAUGUUUUUGGGUUUUUUUGCAAUCAAAUCCUCCUUUCAGACGUUUCUCUGCUGUUCAUAGCUCAUGUUGCUGCGCACAUGCGAAGUCUGCAUGUCUAAAAACACCGUACAUGAAGUUAAAACUGGAGUAAAUCACGUUCUACUGGACAGACGUCUCUUAGUUAAGAUUAGCCAGUUUGAUUAGUCGUGCGUCGUUUUAGUAUCAAGCAACAAAAAAGUUGUAAAUUUAAGUUAAUUUGCUUUAUAUCACGUCCUGCUUUUGAACGUCUCACUGAAACGAUAAGUUUGUGAGUGAGGUUAGACGUUGUUUCCUGCUAAGCUAAGUUAACAUGACUGAUUCAGAGACUUUUUUUUAAGCUAACUUCGCCACUCAAAGUCCUGCAGCACCUUUCAAUUAGAAAUCAAAACCCUGUGAGGCUAACCGCUCAGCUGCCAUCAAUAUGUGAUCAACUCGUGAUUACAAUGAACCCAAACGACUCACGUGUGACCCCUCGAGGCGCUAACGACGCCACACAGGAGUUUAAUUAAACCUGAACAGCUAGGAGGUGAAACAUCUUCCAGAAAGUCGAUCUUUAAGUCCAGUUGUUCUAGCGGUAGAACCCACCCUGACUGUCGUCCAUACAAACACGAGGCUUCCGUCAAUCUUCUCAUCUGACUCUGGGUAAGAAAGCAAUUAAGUGAGUUUUCUGAAAAUGUUAAGAUGUGCUUUUGAACGGCGACACGCUGCCAACGACGCAGGGCGGUUGUCUUCUCAAGGUCCCCCUCAAGUCGGCGUCCUCGCAGUACGUGGUUCUGAUUUCUGAGAGCGUCUCCACAUGUGAGCGAUCCACUCUGAGCGAACAGAACUUCACUGCUCGUUUAGGACAAAAAAAAUCAAACAGCCUGACAUGAAGUGAGUUAAAAAGAUUCCUGUUUUGUGGACCGCGACAGCUCUCAUAAUAUUUGGUCAGUUAAUCUCAAAUUAAAGCCUAAGUGUUACUGGGGAAACACUGCAGUCAUUAAAAUGAGUAAUUAAUUUGUCAUCUGUGACAGUGGCUAUGAUGGCUUCCUCCUUUUUUUGUUUUUUUUUUUCUUUUUUUGUCAAAGAGGAAUUUGUAUACAAAUUACUGUACAGUGAAGAAAACAAACCACUGAGUUUUUAAAAAAGACAUGUCUAUUGUAAAGGAUAAUGUGAUGUACAUUUUUUAAUUUAAGUAAAUGAAUUUAAGGUA